CGUAUAAGCAAUACGUGCGUCUGGACAACAGGAAAACAUAUUAAAUCAAUAUGGCGUGGUUUCUAGUGCAGUGGUUUUCUUUAAGUGUACUUUUAUUUCUUACUUUAUUUUACCUAUAUAUGCUUAUAGUUUUUCAAUACUGGAAAAACCGCGGAGUCGUGUACGAAGUGCCCACAUUUCCACUGGGAAACAUAGGUUUUAUGAUGCGGAAAAGUUUCUGGGACUAUUUUUAUGAAUUAUGGCAGAGACAUCCAAGGGAUUACGUGGGUAUUUUUAUGGGAUGGAAACCGGUAUUUAUUGUGCAAUCACCCGAGCUGGCUAAACAGAUCUUGGUGAAGGACCACGAAUACUUCCAAAACAGAUAUUUAUACUCGGGCUAUUCGGACCCACUGGGAUCACUGAAUAUAUUUACAGUUAAGAACCCAAUAUGGUCGAGCAUGAGACACGAGUUAUCGCCAAUGUUUACGUCACUACGCCUCAAGACGAUAACGGAACUAAUGAAUAUAAAUGCGCAACAACUUGUUGCUAAGAUCAAGAGAGAUUAUAUAGACGGCAACAAAAUUGUUGAUUUGAAGGAUUUAUUCACGAUGUACACUUCGGACACGGUUGCCUACAGCGUGUUUGGUAUACGUGCAAGUGCCCUAAACGGCCAGAAAUCCCCACUGUGGACUAUUACGAGCCACAUGGUGAAGUUCACCCUCUGGAGAGGACUUGAAUUUACGAUGAUAUUCGUGAUGCCGGCUGUUGCUGCUUUUCUCCGAUUAAAACUCUUCUCAGCUGAAGCGAACGAAUACAUCAAAGAAAUAUUUUGGAACGUUGUUAAUGAACGAAAAACGACAGGAAAAACGACCGACAAAGAUCUCGUAAACCAUUUGCUUAAAUUGAAAGAAAAUCUGAAACUCCCUGUUGACACUGAUACGGAAUUAGCUGAUAACUUAAUGAUAGCUCAGGCAGCUGUGUUCAUAUUGGGUUCCGUGGAGACUUCAUCGACAACACUCUCUUACUGUCUUCAUGAACUCGCAUAUCAUCCUGAGGCUCAGGAGAAGCUGUAUUCAGAUAUCGACAACGCUUUAAAUGAAAGUGGCAAGAAUGUGUUGGAAUACGAUGAUUUAAUAAAUCUGAAGUAUUUGUCGGCAUGUAUCUAUGAAACACUACGCAAAUAUCCGCCAGUUACGUACUUAGAUAGAGUUUGUAAUAAAACGUACAAGUUGAACGACGAGGUGACAAUUGAAAAGGGGAUUCCUGUGCUUGUGAAUGUGGUCGGGAUCCAUCAUAAUGAGAAACUCUACCCGCAGCCGGAGGUGUGGAAUCCAGAGAGAAAUGAAUCUCCAACAUCUGACAAUGACAAUAUACAAUACACUUUCCUACCUUUCGGAGAUGGACCCCGGUUUUGCAUCGGAAAACGCUAUGGUUUGAUGCAGAUAAGAACGGCUCUAGCACAGAUCGUCCAUAAAUACAAACUGGAACCAACUUUUCCACACAAGGUCGCGGUAGACCCGUACGCUAUGAUACUGUCUCCAGAAGAUGGAUUAAGUGUCAAAUUUGUGCCGCGCACGAACUGAGGGUGGUGAAUCGUAUUUAAGCCUGUUCCUUUACAAUACACGUCUCAAUUCCAAAUCCGUGAUCAAUUGUGUUUUGUCACUCUCUUCAUGACUGUGUAUAAAAGAGAUAAAAUAUACCUACUUGAUGGAUUACGUAUUGAGACGCUUGGAAAAUGGACUUAAGCUACGAAAUGACAAUUAAGAAGGAUUCCUGUGAUUCUGAAUUUUGGUAGGAAUUCUCGUGAAAUAAAAGAUAUUUUGUAUCGUAUUUUUAUUGUAUACUAGCUGACCCGACAGACGUUGUUCUCUAUAUAAUAAAUAAAAUAAAGUUUCUUUAUGAAUUUGUCAAUAUCCUCACAUCAAGAAUUGCUAGGUAAAAAUGCACCCUGUUGAUGUAAUGAAAUUGUUUCACACCAUAACUGUCAAACCGUUGCGUCAAUAAAUUCCCCCGUCGAAACGCAUCAAACAAAAAAAACAAA